CAAAGAAAAGAGGAAUAAUGUAAAUGACCCCACAGGGAAACAGACAAACCCUGAAUGUGGAGCAUUUCACAGGACAAAACCUGGACAAACAUCAGAACACUUACAGGAUGUGUGUAGCAUGGCAUGACAGAGAACUUUGGUUUCCUUUAAUGUGACUAUAGACCUGGCAGUGUUAUUAUAAGAAUCACUGGCAAUCAGACACCCGGGUGUGCUGAGCUAGCACUCAGUGGGGGCGGCCACCGCUCAUGUGAUUGUGGAGAAGACAGCUGGAAGAAGUGCCCAGUCCAUUUGGAGAGUUACAACUGUGCCUAACAGAGGUGUCCUCUGACUUUUCUUCUGCAAGCUCCAUGUUUUCACAUCUUCCCUUUGACUGUGUCCUGCUGCUGCUGCUGCUGCUGCUACUUACAAGGUCCUCAGAAGUGGAAUACACAGCAGAGGUGGGUCAGAAUGCCUAUCUGCCCUGCUCCUACACUCCAGCCCCGCCAGGGAACCUCGUGCCCGUAUGCUGGGGCAAAGGAGCCUGUCCUGUGUUUGACUGUGGCAACGUGGUGCUCAGGACUGACAAAGGGGGUGUGAAUGAUCGGACAUCCAGCAGAUACUGGCUAAAGGGGUAUUUCCACAAAGGAGAUGUGUCUCUGACCAUAGAGGAUGUGACUCUAGCAGACAGUGGGGUCUACUGCUGCCGGAUCCAAAUCCCAGGCAUAAUGAAUGAUGAAAAACAUAACCUGAAGUUGGUCGUCAAACCAGCCAAGGUCACCCCUGCACCAACUCUGCAGAGAGACUUUACUUCAGCCUUUCCAAGGAUGCUUACCACCGGGGAACGUGGCCCAGCAGAGACACAGACACUGGGGAGCCUCCCUGAUAUAAAUCUGACACAAAUAUCCACAUUGACCAAUGAGUUACGGGACUCUGGAGCAACCAUCAGAACAGUCAUCUACAUCACAGCAGGGAUCUCUGCUGGGCUGGCUCUGGCUCUUAUCUUUGGCGCUUUAAUUUUCAAAUGGUAUUCUCAUAGCAAAGAGAAGACACAGAAUUUAAGCCUCAUCUCUUUGGCCAACAUCCCUCCCUCAGGAUUGGCAAAUGCAGUAGCAGAGGGAAUUCGCUCAGAAGAAAACAUCUAUACCAUUGAGGAGGACGUAUAUGAAGUGGAGGAACCCAAUGAGUAUUACUGCUAUGUCAGCAGCGGGCAACAACCCUCACAACCUUUGGGUUGUCGCUUUGCAAUGCCAUAGAUCCAACCACCUUAUUUUUGAGCUUUGUACUGUCUUUUUCAGAAACUAUGGGCUGUGUCAGCUGACUGGUUUUGGAGGUUCUGUCCACUGCCAUGGAGCAGAGUUUUCCCAUUUUCGGAAGAUAAUGACUCACAUGGGAAUUGAACUGGGACUUUCCCUGAACUUAAACAGGCAUGUCAUUGCCUCUGUAUUUAAACCAACAGAGUUACCCAACCCAGAGACUGUUAAUCAUGGAUGUUAGAGCUCAAACGGGCUUUUAUAUGCACUAGGAAUUCUUGACGUGGGAUCUCUGGAGCUCCAGGAAAUUUGGGCACAUCUUAUGUCCAUGAAACUUCAGAUAAACUAGGGAAAGCUGGGUGCUGGGGUGAAUGCAUAACUUUUUUGGCACAGAAAGUCUAAAGGGGCCACUGAUUUUCAAAGAGAUCUGUGAUCCUUUUUUUUUUUUUUUUUGAUACGGAGUCUCGCUGUGUUGCCCAGGCUGGAGUGCAAUGGCACAAUCUCGGCUCACUGCAACCUCCACCUCCUGGGUUCAAGCGAUUCUGCUGCCUCAGCCUCCCCAGUAGUUGGGAUUACAGACAUGCACUACCACACCCAACUAAUUUUUUGUAUUUUUAGUAGAGACAGGGUUUCACCGUGUUGGACAGGCUGGUCUCGAAUUUCUGACCUCGUGAUCCACCUGCCUCAGCUUCCCAAAGCACUGGGAUUACAGGCGUGAGCCACUGCAUCCGGCCAGUGAUCCUUAAAAGAUUAAGAGAUGACUGGACCAGGUCUACCUUGAUCUUGAAGAUUCCCUCAGAAUGUUGAGGUUUAGGCUUCUUUGAGCACUAACUGUCCAACUGUCAGUGCCAGUGCACAGCCCUUCUUUUGCCUCCCUUAUGAAGACUGCCCUGCAGGGCUGAGAUGUGGCAGGAGCUCCCGGGGAAAAAGGAAGUGCAUUCAAUUAGUGUGUAUUGCCAAGUUUUACUUGUUGUGCUCUUGAAAGAAAAUAUCUCUGACCAACUUCUGUAUUCGUGGACCAAACUGAAGCUAUAUUUUUCGCAGAAGAAGAAGCAGUGACUGGGACACAAAUUCUGUUGUCUGGUGGAAAGAAGGCAAAGGCCUUCAGCAAUCUAUACUGCCAGCGCCGGGUCCUUUGAUAGAGAGUAGUCCUUAAACUUAAAUUUCAAAGUGGUAAAGGCUUGGUCUGUCUUGUUUAUUGUUGCCCCCAGUGCCUGGCACAAUUGUGACACACAAUUGGAACUUACUAAAAAAAUUUUUUUACUGUU